CAAGCGCAGUGGAAUGACAUUUCAUUAACAAAUACAUUGCAGUUAUUUUGCAUGCAUACAAACGAUGAAAUGUUACAACGCUGAUAAAUGGUUACCACAUCUCCAGCAAACGUUACUCACCUCUGGAAUCACAUAUGAAGAAAUGCUAGCGUGCUAACUAGCUUAGCUAAAGUGCUUUAGUGCGAUUUUUUUUUUAGCUUUUUGAGGCAUUCGUCGAGGCUACAAGAACAGCGACGCCUGAGCGAACAGUCAACAUGGGUCCGAAAAAGCGAAGAGCAAGGAAAAGGAGAUCCGAGGAGGCAUUGGGAGGAGAAAAGCAGAGAGAGGGCAAUGAGUUGGAGGUUGAGGAGAGAGGAGACGGGAGGAGAAAGAACCGCGGGAAUAACAAAUACAUUGGAGCUCAUGUUGGAAUUCAAGGUGGGAUAUGGAAAUCAGUGGGGUCCUGCACAGAGAUGGGUGGCAGCAGUUUCGCUCUGUUUCUGGGCUCCCAGCGGUCAUGGAAGAGGCCUGCACUGGACCACACAGCUGCAGCCAAGUUUCGGGAGCAAUGUUCCCUACAGGAGUAUGACCCAGCUCACAUCCUGCCUCAUGGGUCCUACCUGAUGAACUGUGGAUCUCCUAAAGAGGAUGUGUUUGAGAAGAGCCAGGCCCUGCUGGUGGAUGAGCUCAGCCGCUGCAGCCUCCUGGGCCUCAACCUCUAUAACUUCCACCCUGGUUCUUCCCUGGGCUCCAUCACCACUGAGCAGUGUGUGGAGAAGAUAGCAGGAGCUAUUAAUCAUGCUCACCAGCAAACACCUGCUGUGGUUACAGUGUUGGAGAACAUGAGCGGUCAGGGCAGUACGGUGGGUGGAAAGUUCUCUGAGCUAAAGAGCAUCAUAGACAAAGUGAGAGACCAGACCAGAGUAGGAGUGUGUCUGGAUACCUGCCAUGCCUACGCAGCAGGAUAUGAUGUGGCUGCGGAUGGAGGAGUGAAGGCCAUGCUUGAUGAGUUUGAUCAGGAAGUGGGGAUCCACUAUCUUAAAGCCAUCCAUCUCAAUGACUCCAAAGGUAAACUAGGCUGCCACCUCGAUCGCCAUGAAGACAUUGGUAAAGGUCACAUCGGAAUCUCUGCUUUCCGAGACAUUGUCAAUGAGCCCAGACUGGACAACAUCCCUCUGAUACUGGAGACACCUGGACGGCCAGGGUUCGGAUAUGCUGAGCAAAUUGAACUUCUCUAUUCCCUCUGUAAGAAAAAAUAGUAAGCGCCCUUACUGAUGAAUUGGCACGGCUAAACUGGACCCUGCCAAACCACAGCUCACACAUCUGUGAAGAGAAUCUAAAUCGUUUGUCAAGAACCAAAGUGGAUGGGUGGCGGAGCCUGUUCUCUGUAAUCACACUUAGAAUUUGUUUGGUUGUUAAUUACCGUGUGGACAGUUCUGAACAUGAGUUGAG